UCAUAUAUAAUAUAAUAUCACUUUGUAACAGUAGACAGUUAGCAUCCUGUUUAUCUUUGUCAUAAGUUAUAACUAAGAUAAACAGGAUGCUUGUAACAUGGAAGAUAAAAUAACAUAUUUUUAAGGUUUAUGGAAUCCUUAGACACUUAGGGGCUAAAAAACGUAACAUCUAAGGGUGCUAGCAACAACAGCAAUACAACCAUUUAAGCCUAAAUAUGAGUGUUUUUUAAAUGAAGUAGAUACAGCAGGACUCUGUCUGGAAAAGGCCAGUGACUUCAGCUGCCGUCCUCUGUGAAGACGGAAGCUACAAAGUGAUCAGAUGGAAGGGGUCACAGCCAAAGGACCAGCCAUGGGGAAAGUGUGUGCGGCGGUUUGCUGUCUGCUGCUGAGCGUGGCAGCGGUGACGGCCCAGGCAGCUCAGAGUGAUCGAGCGCUGCCUCAGUGGCUCACCGGCAUCAUGGCCCUCUGCGGCUUCCUCUUCCUGUCCUUCGUCGGGUUCCUGGUGAAGAAGGCCUGGUGCGAGGAGCCCAGGAAGAAGAGCACUGUGAAGUCGGUGAGAGAAAAUGAUUACGUCAUGACGGAGGAAAACGCGUACGAGACCAGCCUGGACAUUGUCAGAAGCAAAGAAGACAGGAAUGCUUAUGACAACGUGGUGAUGGACAGCACUGAGGACAAACUUACCGCCAUGUGACCCUCCUGCCCUGAUUCUAUUGGCUGCCGUCCUCACCAACUCUGGACAGGGAAAAAAAUACCUUAACUGCUGUUCGUUUUUAUUUUUAGUUGAUUGAAUCAUUUACCUGGCUAACAAAUAUCUUCUAAGACUGUUUGAUUUUUUAAAUAUUUAAAUUAUAUUAUAUGUAUUGUUAAUACUUUUUGUGUUAAUCAGUUAGUGUAUCAGCAUGUUUUCAGUCCCCUCUUGUGAUUUGGAGCAGUGAACAUGAGGACAAGCAGCUGUCCAUCCCAUGAUCUUUCUGCUGAUUAAUAAGUUAUGUUUUCUAACAAACUGCUGUGUCGCCUCCUUUCUGAUCAAUGGAAGACUGACCUGCCAUUAUGAAUGAAACACUCAGACAGUAUGGCACAUUUUACAAUAAACAGUGAGCAGUACUGAUCCUGGUGUGUGACUGAAUCAGAAACUGAUAGUACAACACACUGACCUCACACCUGAAGUGGAACAUACGGACACACUGACCUCACACCUGAAGUGGAACACACGGACCUCACACCUGAAGUGGAACACACGGACACACUGACCUCACACCUGAAGUGGAACACACGGACACACUGACCUCACACCUGAAGUGGAACACACUGACCUCACACCUGAAGUGGAACACACUGACCUCACACCUGAAGUGGAACAUACGGACACACUGACCUCACACCUGAAGUGGAACACACGGACACACUGACCUCACACCUGAAGUGGAACAUACGGACACACUGACCUCACACCUGAAGUGGAACACACGGACCUCACACCUGAAGUGGAACACACGGACACACUGACCUCACACCUGAAGUGGAACACACGGACACACUGACCUCACACCUGAAGUGGAACACACGGACACACUGACCUCACACCUGAAGUGGAACACACGGACACACUGACCUCACACCUGAAGUGGAACACACUGACCUCACACCUGAAGUGGAACACACGGACACACUGACCUCACACCUAAAGUGGAACACACGGACACACUGACCUCACACCUGAAGUGGAACACAUGGACACACUGACCUCACACCUGAAGUGGAACAUACGAACACACUGACCUCACACCUGAAGUGGAACACACGGACACACUGACCUCACACCUGAAGUGGAACAUACGGACACACUGACCUCACACCUGAAGUGGAACAUACGGACCUCACACCUGAAGUGGAACACACGGACACACUGACCUCACACCUGAAGUGGAACACACGGACACACUGACCUCACACCUGAAGUGGAACACACGGACACACUGACCUCACACCUGAAGUGGAACACACGGACACACUGACCUCACACCUGAAGUGGAACACACGGACACACUGACCUCACACCUGAAGUGGAACAUACGGACACACUGACCUCACACCUGAAGUGGAACAUACGGACACACUGACCUCACACCUGAAGUGGAACAUACGGACACACUGACCUCACACCUGAAGUGGAACACACUGACCUCACACCUGAAGUGGAACACACGGACACACUGACCUCACACCUGAAGUGGAACAUACGGACACACUGACCUCACACCUGAAGUGGAACAUACGGACACACUGACCUCACACCUGAAGUGGAACAUACGGACACACUGACCUCACACCUGAAGUGGAACACACUGACCUCACACCUGAAGUGGAACACACGGACACACUGACCUCACACCUGAAGUGGAACACACUGACCUCACACCUGAAGUGGAACACACGGACACACUGACCUCACACCUGAAGUGGAACACACUGACCUCACACCUGAAGUGGAACACACGGACACACUGACCUCACACCUGAAGUGGAACAUACGAACACACUGACCUCACACCUGAAGUGGAACAUACGGACCUCACACCUGAAGUGGAACACACGGACACACUGACCUCACACCUGAAGUGGAACACACGGACACACUGACCUCACACCUGAAGUGGAACACACGGACACACUGACCUCACACCUGAAGUGGAACACACUGACCUCACACCUGAAGUGGAACACACGGACACACUGACCUCAUACCUGAAGUGGAACAUACGGACACACUGACCUCACACCUGAAGUGGAACAUACGGACACACUGACCUCACACCUGAAGUGGAACAUACGGACACACUGACCUCACACCUGAAGUGGAACAUACGGACACACUGACCUCACACCUGAAGUGGAACAUACGGACACACUGACCUCACACCUGAAGUGGAACACACUGACCUCACACCUGAAGUGGAAAAAUCAUUCAUGGAAUAUUGUGUUCUCUUUAUGGUUUCAUUAUACAUAGAUCAUUUUUGCACAAAACAAACAGAGUGGAUGCUCAAUAAUUAGAACAGACAGAUACUUCACAACAUGUCUCUGUUACCUCAGAGGCUUCAGUCUCUUUGGAUCAUUAUAUGAAAUCAAACUGAGCAGUUUUAGUUUUUCACUGAGUGAUAGACAGCCUUAGCUGGAUGUCUUUUGAAAAUGUUAAAGUGACAUUCGAGUUGUUUAAUCCUUUUUAUCAUUUGUAUUCUUACAGGUUUCUGAUGUACUAUUUAUGCACAUUCCUCAAAAACAUUAUAUUUGGACAAAUAAUAUAA